GGCAGAACACGAAUCUCUGCCCAGCAGCGCAGAGAAGCUGGCAAGGAGGAGGAGGGGGAGGAGGGGGAGAGAGCAACGGGUGGAGGAGGCGGGAGGGGGAGGGCGCACGAAGGCUGCCCUCCCCAGUGGGGCAGCAAACUCUUCGGACCCAGCCUGGCCAAGAUUGCUAUGCGAAUCUGGCUGUGACAAACCCGAUGGGCCCAAAAGGACGAAUACGGGAUGACGGCAUCGGUGAGUGAAUGUGUGUGUGUGUGUUUCUCCUCUGGCUACUUGUUCCACUGGCUCUUGCCGAUCAUUUCCGCGCCCUCCGAGUGGGGCCUUUCUCCCGAGCUGGUCUUCAAGCCGGCAUCGUCUCGCUCCUCCCGGAGCUCGUCGUCCUCCUGGAACUCGCUGUACCCGCCACCGAGCCACCUCUGGAAGAGGGACCCCACCGUCGCACUGGAAGGGUCGCCAUCGGUCAGCAGCCUCUCCGUCUGGCGGGCCUCUGGGAUCAGCCAGCCCACCUCGCAGCAGCGGCACGCAGGGGCCGAGCGCCGAGAUCAGCGCGGCCACCCACAGGUUGUCGAACUGCUGUGGCUGGCCUGCCUCGGCGUCCUGCCCGCUGGGGUUCACGCCGAGCUCCUGCAGCAGGAAGGCGCCCGCGUAGCUGGCGACCGCGCCGCCGAGGUUGAGAGAGCCCGCCAGCAGGCCGACUAUAGGGUGGACUCGAGGCCUUCCGGCACAAGCUGGGCGAGCAUAACGGUCAUGGGCAUCCAGCUCAGCUGCGAGAUCGCAUGCUGGGUGGCGCUGGAAGCGACCAUGAACAGAGGAUCGGGGAUGGACACCUCCAAGUUCCACCGCAGGUAUACGAUGGCGCUCACACACUGGACAACGCUGUGGGUGAGGCUCCCCAUCACCAGCACAGACCGAUAUCUCCACUGCUUCAGGAACCAGUUGUAGCAGAGCAUGCCGAGCAGAUUGAAGAGGGACCCCACGGUCCCGAUCACCGUCACGUAGAAGAACGCGGACAGGUGCGGGCCGCCCGGGAACUGCGCCGCGGUGUCGUGCGUGAACCUCUUAAAUAAAAGCUCGCACCGUGCGUGCCAACGUGGAAUACGUUCUGCAGGAAGAAGAAAGCAUUUAUCCUGGCAAUCGAGGGGCGCAGAAACGUGGAAAACAAGAGCAAAUUGAGAAGACCAACGAACACCGCCGCCAAGAAUUUCUGCCUCAGCGAGGACGCGUAGACGGAGACGAAAGCCAAGCACACCCCAGCUGCCCCCAUGACGAAAGCCAAGAGGAACGGAACCAAACCCUUCCCGCGCCACUUGGCCAGGUCGGGCCUGCAACAGCCUGGGCCCCUGCGCUCCUCCAGGUAGUUCCUGGACGCCGGCCACAUGAUGGCCCCCGCAAAGGGCGCCGCCAUGAGAUAGCAGGCGGCCGGACCUGCAGGAAGGAACAGCUGCAUGAAAGCAGGCGGCGAGCGAAGGGGGGGAAUGAGAAGGAGAAGGCCUUCUCAGAAAGCUCGGAAGUCCCCCGGCCUUCCGAGAAGUGUUCGAAGCCUUC